CCGUAGCCCCAAUCCCAGAGAUAGAUAGCAGCGAAGGAGUAGUCUCGCGUGCGCACGCAGGCGUGGGGGGUGGGGUGGGGGCGGGGGCGGGGGCGGAGACCAAAUUUGGGAGCGGGGCUGGGUCGGGAUUGGCUACCCGCUCGCCGGUGAAUGGUACGCAGGCGCGCCGUGCCCGAGCCUCCAAUGCCCUGGGAGCUGGAAGGCCGCGAGAUCGGACAUGGCGGCCUCCGUGGAGCAGGCGCGUUCCUUGUUUGGCGCCGCCGUCCGGGCGGUGCUCGGAGCCUGGCCCGCGCUGCAGAUCGCGGUGGAGAACAGCUUCGGGGGUGUUCACAGCCGGGAGAAGGCCCAGUGGCUGGUGGGGGUCGUCGAGGACUAUUUCCUCCAGAACGCCGACUUGGAGCAGAAUGAGGUAGAGGACUUCCUGUCUGACAUCAUGAGCACCGAAUUCGAUACCUUGGUAGAAGAUGGAAGCCUGCCUCAGGUAAGCCAGCAACUUCAGACAAUGUUCAGACACUGCCAGAGUGGUGAGGAACCCUUGUUGAGAGAGCUGAUCACUCAGAUGGGCCAGAAGCAGAUGAAGGUCAAAGCUGUGGAGGUCCAGGCAGCUGACCAGAUCAACGACAGCAACUCAGACCCCGAGGAAAGACUAGAUGGAGGAGUUGAAGAAAUGGAGGUGGCUGAUGGCAGGGAGGCCCCUGCCCUGGCCUAUGGUUCCCAGGCUGGUCCAUCAGCUGGAAAUUCUGCCCCUAGCCUGACCUCCAUUCAGCAGGAAGCUGCUGAAGAUGGCUGGAUUGUCAUCCAGAGGAAAAAGAAGCCUUGUUCCAAGGUGUAAGAGUGACCGGAAGCUUGAAGGUUUGCACGAUGGAAGCUGCUUGAGGGGAGGGCCUCUAGUCCUGGUCGUCCCCUCACACAUAGCAGGCACUUAAAAUAAAUGCUUGUGGGAUUGAAA